CAUCGGUGAGCCACGAUCGCUAGUAUUGGGCACUACACUACAGUCUGGUAUUACAGCUAAUUGUAGACGAGGAAACACUUGUACGAAAAGCAAUAUAUUCGGAUUCAUCGUAUUUCCCCAAUGCAUGGCGUAGCUAAUCUCAGCUAGAUGCAGCUGCCGAUAUUACAGCCUUAGCGAGCCACCCGGGGCAGACUGCAAAUUAUCACCAUCCAGCUCCCCGGGUGGUCGCAACGCUAGUCGUGAUCGCUAAUGACGCCCGUAAGCCUGCUGUGGAGCGAAAGUAGCGUCCAGCUUUCAGCCGCGCUUACAUGGGGCAUUGGCAGAUCUCUAAAUACAACAUGUCCCGAGAAUGGCAACUCUAUAAAAAGGGUAGAGUUCGCCAGCUGUAGUUCCAUUGUAUCACUUCACAUCUACUCAUCACUUACUCUACUACAAACACUUACUCUUUUGUACUACCUCUCUUUCCAAAAUGAAGUUCACUCUCGCCCUUUCCGUUCUCGCUGCUGGCGCCUUCGCCAUGCCUGCUGAGGAGAUGAUGGAGAAGCGCACCGGUCCCGGUAUCGUCUCUGCCGCCGAGUCCCAGAAGGGCAUUGACUACGUCUACGGCGGCGGUGGCUGCAAGGGUCCCUCUAAGGGCGGCUACGACUGCUCCGGCCUCACCCAGUUCUCCAUCUGCAAGGCUCAGGGCAAGACUGUCCCCCGCACUGCUCAGGAGCAGUACCACUCCUCCAUGGGCAAGCACAUUCCCCGUGCUCAGGCCAAGGCUGGUGACCUCCUCUUCUGGGGCAAGGGCGGCAACUGCAAGACUGGCGUUGAGCACGUCGGUAUCUUUGUCAAGGCUGGCACCAUGAUCAACGCUGCUCACACCGGCACCAAGGUCCGUGAGCAGAGCAUCUGGACUUCCAGCGGUGGUCUUUCCAUCUGCCCUGAUGCCGUUCGCUUCUGGUAAAGCGCGACUCCAAGGAGCACCUUUCAAGAAACAACACCAAAAAUGAGUAUAUAAUGUAAACAAUAGUUAUUAUCAAUGUAAUAAUCGUAUUUAUGAUCAAAUACUAGCUUAAAAAGGGUGUUAGUUUGUUUCCAUUGGAAUCUACUUUGUCACGGGCAU